UGUGUGUGUGUGUGUGUGUGUGUUUGUGUUUAAGCGUAUGUUUUUUUUUCAAAUAGAGGAAGUAAUAAAUCAAUCAAGCGAAAUAUAAACUCCAAACUAUUAUAGUUCCUAUUUUAAUGAACAGUUAAAAGUGCCUUUUUAUCAUCACUUUAAAAUUAGAUCAGUCAACCUUGAAUGAAAGAGAAAGAAAUAUCAAUCACUGGACUAAUUCCAAAACAAUGAAUCUUCGUGUCUGGAUAUCAAAUUAAUAGCACAUACAUACGUCAUACAACCAACGAUUUAGUAGCAUCAUCGUGCAGGAAUAGGGGAAGUGUUAGUGGAUACUUUUUGGCUGGAAGAUCUAUGCAUUGGAUUCCUGUUGGUGCGUCGAUUUUCGCUAGCAAUAUUGGUAGUGGUCACUUUAUUGGUUUGGCAGGAUUUGGUGCUGCUAGCGGUAUAGGAGUAUCGGUUUUCGAAUUGAAUGCUGUUUUCGCUUUGAUUCUUCUUGGUUGGGUGUUUGUACCGGUUUAUAUGUCGGCUGGGGUUUUUACAAUGCCUGAAUAUUUAAAUAGAAGAUUUGGUGGUCAACGAAUAAGAAUCUACUUGGCAGUUUUAGCCUUACUUUUAUCGGUUUUUACAAAAAUUUCGGCUGAUCUAUACGCUGGAGCAGUUUUCAUUGAAAGAUCCCUUGGCUGGAAUUUGUAUGUAUCAGUAAUUCUACUUUUGGGUAUUGCUGCCUUAUUUACAAUUGCGGGAGGUCUUACUGCCGUGAUAUGGACAAAUUUUGUUGAAACUUGCAUUAUGGUUAUAGGAGCUGCGUCGUUAUUGAUAAUGGGAGUUGUCAAAGUUGGAAGCUUUUCAACAAUCAGUCAAAGAUUUAUGCAAGCAGCCCCGAAUACUACAAUCUUUGAGCAGUAUCAUUCUUCGCAAAAUCAAACUAGCUCGUAUUUACAAUGUGGCUAUCCUCCAAAGAAUUCUCUUCAUCUAAUUCGAUCGGCGGAUGAUUCGCAACUUCCGUGGCCUGGUGUCUUUUUUGGUUUAACUGUUACUUCUAUUUGGUAUUGGUGCACUGAUCAGGUAAUUGUUCAAAGAGCUCUGGCCGCCAAAAGUUUAACUCACGCCAAAGCUGGUACUAUUUUGACUGGAUUUCUUAAAAUUCUUCCUAUGUGGUUACUGGUUGUUCCAGGAAUGAUUGCUCGUAUCCUCUUUCCAGAUACUGUGGCAUGUGCUGAUCCUGAAUCCUGUAUGGCGGCAUGCGGACAAAAGAAUGGUUGUACUAAUAUUGCAUAUCCAACACUUGUUUUGGAGCUUAUGCCAACUGGUGCUAGAGGGUUAAUGCUGGCAGUUAUGAUGGCGGCUUUAAUGUCCUCUUUAACGUCCGUUUUUAAUUCUUCUUCUACACUUUUUACAAUGGAUAUUUGGUUAAAAAUUCGUUCAAAAGCCAGUCAAAUUGAGCUUAUGAUAGUUGGGCGUCUAUUCGUUCUAUUCAUGGUUGGAAUAGGAAUAGCAUGGAUUCCUAUCGUUAAAAAUUUUUCCGAAUUAUUCAAUUAUAUACAAACCGUUCAAAGUUUUCUUUCCCCGCCAAUAUGUGCCGUUUAUCUGUUGGCUAUACUAUGGAAGAGAAUUAACGAGAAAGGCGCAUUCUGUGGUCUUGUAAUUGGCCUUUUAAUUGGUCUCGUCAGAUUUAUUUGGGAGUAUUCAUAUGAAAAACCAAUUUGCGGUGAGGUAGAUGAAAGGCCUGCAAUCAUAAAGAAUUUUCAUUAUCUCCAUUUUGGAAUGUUACUAUUCGCCAUUGUUUGUAUUAUUACAACUGUUGUUAGCCUCUUAACCGAACCUAUUGAUGAGAAUAAACUUCACCGAUUAACGUUCUGGACUAGAUAUAGUACGGAAGAAAAUAAGGAUGAUUUUGAAGAUAAUACCAAAUUCGACGCUCCAGCAAGAGAAUCCGUAGAUGAUGAAGUUAUUCCUUGGUAUACAAAGGGUCUACAAUGGAUAUGUGGUAUUGAAAAACAAAAAGCUCCAUCUGUUAACGAUGAAGAACUUAAUUCUGCAAAGAGUAAAAGUGGAUCUUUGGACGAGAGUCCAUUUUGGAAGAAAAUGUGCAACAUAGGCGCAGGUGCUCUUCUUGUAAUGUCAGCGUUUAUAUGGGGCUUCUUCCGCUAA